UGAGGAGACGGCCCCAUCUGCCAAAGGGUGCAUGGCGUUGUCGGUUCCGUCUACCCGAGAGAAAGUCGAACCACUUCACUUCACCCCCCUACGUUAAUAUUUAACCCACCACCGAAAAUUUAAAUAAAAAAAUGUUCCGACGAAAGCUCCUGGCGCUGGAUUACAUGAACCCCGACAGUUUUAACGUCAGUGAUGAAAAAAGUUUUCGGGAUCUUAUAGUCUGGCUUGAAGACCAGAAGAUUCGCCAUUAUAAAAUUGAGGACCGAGGGGAUAUCAAGGCUAUAGACUCGAAAGAUUGGCCGACUGCAUAUAAGAAAUACCUAGGAGAAUUAAACUGUCCGGCAAACCCCAAUGAACGAGCAGCUGUAGUUGACUGGCUCCUUGGUUUAUCUGUGAGGUUUGAGUAUGGUGAUAAUGUUGAAAAAUACAAGUCCGAAACAUCAGAAAAUGUUAAGAACAAACAACAAGCUGCGCCAAAAAUUGUCAACACCAACCCCCUUGAUGCACUCGAUUUCCAGAGUGCUGAAUUUAGAGAUGGUGUGAAUAACCUUGCUAAGCAGUUGAAUAUAAAUCCACACCCGGACCAUCUUGUAACUCUAAAAGCCGUUAGUAAACUUAUACGGACCAGGCUGUCUGCUGAUGCUUUACAAAAUCCUGGCGAAUAUGUUCAUCAGGGCAAACCAUAUCCAAUCUUUGAAGCUGAUUUAGGUUUUGACACUGGAGAUUACGUCUUGAAUAAUGCCGGAAAGGCACUGCGACUAAUGUACAUCCACGACCUGCGUGACCUUCAGACGCGAAUAAACGAGUGUAUAGUAUCUGUGCAGAAUAUUACAGCUAACCCCAAGACUGAUACCAAAUUAGGGAAAGUUGGCCGCUAACAAGUAGUGACUAAAGAGGAUUCCCAAAGGAUUCAAACUAGACGACCAAAAUGUCUUGAAUAUCAUCAUGCAUGUUCAGUCUUUAUCCAUGGUUUGAUGAUAUCUGCUCAGAAGAUUACGGAAAACUUAUCUUUGAACGUAGGCAUUA